GGACGCUCACAUUUCGUGUGGCGCUUUUCGCGAUAAACCGGAAGUCUGACAACCUGACAGCCAAAAAAAAAAAAUCACCAGAUUUUUUUUCGCCCAUAGGUUCGCGAAGGAAAAGCGACAAGAGGUUAUUAAUUUUAUUUCCGAUAAUUUUUAAUAGCGCGUUUUGAGGUAGCAGAAGUUUAGAGCCGGGAUCCGAGAGCAACCUGUUGAACUGAUCCAGACGAAAACCACAACGGUUGUUUGUCAUCCAAAAAGCCACACUUACAAGGAUCAGAGCAUGCGUGCGCCCGUCUACCUUGUUUGCGCGGCAACGCUGAUGACCGCGCUGUCCGGGCGCGCCGAGCCGCGACCAGAGGCGCCGGACGCGGGCGCCGAGGGCGCGGGGCGCAUGUUGGAGCCUCUUAACAUGGCUGCAGACCCAGAGACGCUGGAGUACCUUCUGCCCAGGCUGACGGCCAAGUACCGGCCCAACAGCGAUUGGACCGGCAUCACAGACCCCAGGUUCUAUUUGCUCACCGAGAUGGAGUCCAACGAUCUGGAGAAUCAGAACUACUUGAGCCCAGAGCCCAGAAACAAACGAGCGGGACGGCUGGACCAUGGGGCAUCCCUAUCGAUAGUGAACUCCCUGGAUGUGCUACGCAACAGGCUGCUUUUGGAAAUCGCCCGAAAAAAGGCAAAAGAAGGAGCCAACAGGAACAGACAGAUGCUGUUGAACCUCGGAAAAAGGGCAUUUUACCACCAAAACGGCAUUUACAACAAUAAAGCAUAAAUGCGACGACUACGCCAAUUUUUAAAGAUUCUUGAGCAAUGAUUUUUAGUUUUUUGACAGUUUGUCUACAAUCAAGAUUAUGGAUUUUUUCAUGGUUUUGAUUGUAUGCAAGUUGAUGUUUUUUUCAAAUAAAUAGUAUAUUUAACCUAAUAAGUAUCUAUAGAGUAGAUUUGGCCCAAUCAAAUUAUUUGCAGGUAGAAUAUUUACAAAAAGGUGUUAUUAACAAUUUUUUUUAUUUAUAAAAAAUAGAUAAAUAAAUAUAAAUAUUUCAUUUUAUUUAUAUUUGCGUUAAGGCCUAUUUUCAAACUAUAGUUAUAUGUGGAGUCCCUUCAAAUUUUUGACAGUUACUUUGUACAAAAAGAUUUGGGAAAAUUCAUUUUUUCUUUUUGACGUUACUUUCCAUAGACAAUGAUCUCCAUAGAAAGCGAUAAACCAAUCAGAGCACAUCACACCACACCACACUAGGUGCAGCAGAGAAUGCCGCGCUGUGAUUGGUCUAUUGCUUCCCAUAGACAUUAUUUUCGAUAGAAAGGACAGAGACAUUGCAAUAUUGUUGAAACGUGUGUUGUAAGAAAUAUUUUCCCGACACUUCUUGGACAAUAGUUGUCAAAAAAUAUACAGAGACUCUGGGUAGAAGUAUAACGUCCACAAAACUGUGGCAUGAUGGACUUUCAAAAUGGAAACGAAUGAUGGGGAUGCAACGAUAAAACUAAAAUUUCUUUAUAUAUUUUUUUUUAUUAUUUGAUGUCAAAGCUAUAAUAAUAUGUAUUUCUUUAAAUAUAUAGCUGAUAGAAAUGUUUUAACAAUUUAAUAUUUUAUAAUAUGUUGAUGUUAUAAUACAAAUUAUACAUUUAUCAGUACUAUAGCAAAUCUGGUAAUAAUGUGUAUGAUAUGUACAAAAAAAUGUAAUU